AUUCCACAUUAAUCUAACUCAUCAAAAUCCUUAUAUAUUAAAACCUUCGCUUUCAAAUAUAUAUAUAUACUGAGGAGUCAUAAUUAAACACAAUUCAAACUACGGUCAAGAAAAUGAGUCGACAAUUGAUCCAACAGCUGAACUUCUGGGUAGCGGAGCACCCAUCCAUCGUCCACUUCCGGUGGAGUCCGACGGAGUCAUGGGCGGCGACGUGGUGGUUCCUGAUGACCUCCAUCGCGGCCUACAUUGGCAUCUCGAGCGCCGUCCACAUCCUCCUCCGCGUGGUGGGGCGGGUGAAGCCGGUGGCGCUGGGGCCCGUGCCGGCCCUCCACAGCCUGGCCAUGUCCCUCCUCUCGGCGACGAUCUUCGCCGGCAUGCUGAGCUCCUCGGUGGCGGAGAUCCGCGACACGCGGUGGUUCUGGCAGCGGAACAAGACCCCGUUCCAGUGGCUCCUCUGCUUCCCCCUGGGCACCCGCCCCUCCGGCCGCGUCUUCUUCUGGUCCUACGUUUUCUACCUCUCCCGCUUCCUCCACAUCCUCCGCACGCUCUUCGUCCUCCUCCGCCGCCCGGGGAACUUCCCGCUCUUCCAGCUCAUCAACCACGCCGCUCUCAUCUGUAUGUCGUUUCUCUGGCUCGAGUUCUCGCAGUCGUUCCAAGUGCUGGCGAUUCUGUCCAUGAGCAUGGUGUUCGCGCUGGUGUACGGCUACAGAUUCGGCGUCGAGAUGGGGCUGGGGCGGAGCGAUUUCCCGUUUGUGAUGCUCUGUCAGAUUGCUUUGGUGGUGACGAACUCGGCGUGGCAUAUGGGGGUGUUGGUGCUCCAUUUCUGGAAAGGCGGCUGCAACGGCAUGGGCGCUUGGCUCUUCAACACCGUGCUCAACAGCUUCGUGCUUCUCUUCCUCCUCAAUUCUUAUGUUACAAGGUGUUUGACCCACACACACAGAGAUCAUCAAUCCCUUUAAACCGGAACUUCAAUUUCUCAUGUUAAACGAGAUUUACGCAACUUGUUCAUAUAAGAUCUUGUUUUCACAUGGAGAAUCUAUGUCCAAUUAAUUUGUAUAUUAAUUCAUAUAUUUUUAUUUACAUUAGAUUUUGUAAAUCGCUGCAGGAGAGAUAUAAUUUCACAUUGCAUAGCUGCAAUUUAUUUAUUUA